AUGCAUAUACGUCCGGAUCCAUUAGUGCUCCAAGUGAACCUCAACCACUCCGCCAGGGCACAGGACCUCCUGUGUCAAACCAUGGCGGAGUGGGAGAUUGACGUGGCGGUGGUCGCCGAGCCCUACUUUGUUCCCCCCAGGGGGAACUGGGCCGGCGACCAAAUUUCGACGGUGGCUAUAGUGGCGAGUGCGGCCGGCCCUUCUCUGGUGGUGAAGGAGCGCGGAGCCGGGUACAUCAUGGCGGGGUGGGGAGAGUUCACCCUAGUAGGGGUGUAUUUCUCCCCUAACCUCGCCCUUGCCCGGUUCGAAGCGUUCCUGGAGACCCUGGAGAGGGCGGUGAGGAGGGCCGCACCGACGCCGGUGCUGUUGGCAGGGGACCUCAACGCGAAGAGCGCAGCUUGGGGUUCCCCGGUGGCCAACAGCAGGGGGCCGAUGUUGGUGGAUUGGGCGGCGGCCUUAGGGCUGUGCGUCCUCAAUCGCGGCCAGACACACACUUGCGUGCGGCGAAAUGGGGGGUCGAUCGUGGACGUCACGUUCGCGACCCCCUCGUUAGCCGCACGCGUGUCUGGCUGGGAGGUGUUGGAGGACGCGGAUGAGGGUCUCCACAACGCCGCCCGUGAGGACAUCCACCACGGCCCUGGGGGGGGGAUUCCCCCGAUGGGCACUCACCCGCCUGGAUUGUGA